AUGGACAACUCGACCAAGAUGGCACCACAAACCUCACUGUUCCAGGUGUAUUUGCGCCUUCGCCCGCCAUUCCAAUUCCCACAGUCAAAGCAAAAGCCUGAACCGUGGCUAAUCGUGGAACCGCCGAAUUCGCCAGCCGAACGCGACGAGAACCCGGGCAAUCCCUUCUCGAGCCACAUCACGCUACAGCCUCCCAACGACUCGAGAAAGCGCGCCAUCGAACGAUUCGGGUUUACAAAGAUAUUCCAAGAAGAGGCGACACAAUUGGACAUAUUCGACGAGACAGGCGUGGCAGACACAAUCAAGAGCGUGCUGCAGACUGGAAGAGAUGGUCUUGUUGCUACACUGGGAGUUACGGGUAGUGGGAAGAGUCACACAAUCCUUGGAUCCAAGUCUCAGCGAGGACUCACACAGAUGACUCUCGACGUCCUCUUUAAAUCAAUUGGCGAGCAUAUACGUCGACCACACCACCCGGAUCUCCCCACAGACACCAGUCUCCUCUCUUCUCUUCAAGGGUCUGAUCCCACAGAAGCCCAAAUCUGGUCGGCAACCACUUUCCUCGAGUCAAUCUACAGCGAUGGCGACCGAGCCAGAUUAUCACGAGCCCAGACACCCAUGUCACGAGCUCAAACUCCCAUGAUGGUAGGCAUUGACAGGAAUGGGCUUCCCAGCUCAUUUCCCGUACCUCCCCGAACCAGCACAAAUACUAGCACUGUGGAGAACCCGUGCCCGUUGGCAUUGAUACCAGAUCACUUCACAGGUGGUGCUCUGUCAACCGUGCCGAUGCUGUCGAGUACCUCUAGCACGGUUCCGUUCCCCGAGAAGGAACCCUGGCGGCCGCCGUCCAAACUUCCGUUUUUAAAUCGUUUGAAAAGCUUGAAGAAGUCCCCUGCUAAAUCUAUGGUUGUUAAGGAAUCUCUUGGCCACCCCGUCCGAAGGCCUCCUCUACCUCGACCAUCCACAUUCCCACAGAGUCCUGAUACAGGAGCAUUUACUGUGGACAUCGAACAGCAAGCCGAGUAUGUUGUCCUUGUAUCGAUGUACGAAGUAUACAACGAUCGCAUCUUUGACCUGCUGUCGAAUCCCACUUCGCCGAAUGCGCCACCCACGUCAACACGGCAAGGAGCAGCCUUGCAGAAGGGCUUACUCCGACGUCCACUACUGUUUAAGAAUACCGAAAUGUCUCCUGACAUGAAAGUUGUUGCUGGUCUCCGGAAAGUUGUGUGCGGAAGUUAUGAUGAAGCAAUGAUGGUCCUUGAAACGGGCCUCACCGAGAGAAGAGUCGCAGGAACUGGAAGUAACAGUGUCAGUUCCAGGAGUCAUGGCUUCUUUUGCAUCGAGGUGAAGAAGCGAUCGAGGCCAAACUACAAUGGCGGGUAUUUGAUGGCCUGUCAAUCUCCCUGGGCUGGUGGCACCAUGACCAUCUGUGAUCUGGCCGGCUCCGAACGUGCUCGCAAUGCCAAAACCACCGGAUCGACGCUGGCCGAAGCAGGGAAGAUCAACGAAAGCUUAAUGUAUCUUGGGCAGUGUCUGCAAGUCAUUAACGACUGCCAACAGGAAGGAAGCAAGCCCAUCGUUCCCUUUCGGCAGUGCAAGCUCACCGAGCUUCUAUUCUCCAACUCCUUCCCAUCGUCAAACCAUGCUGCCACGUGCAGACCACCGCAAAAAGGCGUGAUGAUUGUCACAGCCGAUCCUCUGGGAGACUUUAACGCCACAAGUCAGAUUCUGAGAUACGCGGCCAUGGCUCGAGAGGUGACCGUUCCCAGGGUGCCUAGUGUGACGAGCACGAUCUUGGGCGCAACCCAAAGCAAGGUACUACAAACGGGCCGGUGUACUCCACACGAUGGUGCCAAUUCAUAUUUUAUCACGAAAGAACUGGAACAGGCGACCCAUGAAGCGACGAGACUGGCUGAGGAAUGCAAUUUCCUGGCUGUCAAACUCGCGGAAGAAGAAAUCCAACGCACCGAGGCAGAACUGAAGCUGCAGGCAGCGGAAGAGAAGCUCGCCGUUAUGGAGCAAGAAGUACGCGAGGAAUGCUGGACAGAGAUGGAGGAACGAUUGGACGAAGAGAAAGAAAGGUGGAGAGCUGCAUGGGAGCAAGAGAAGCUGAGAGGGGAGGCGUACGUGGACGGCAAGCUCGAAAUUCUUGAGAAGACAGCCAAGAUCACGAUACACGAGGAUGCUCCUGGUGACGGGAGGAUCGAAGAGCUCGAGAGGGAAAAUGAAAGCCUCAGAGCAAAAUUGCGAGCUCUGCAACAAGAGAUUCAAACAAAAAGCCCAACAAAGAAACCUCGAGGCACGACCGCAUCCAAGUCCCCUAUCAAGGGCUUGGUUUUGCAAGAAUCGUCCAAUGCCAACAUUGCGACCAACCCUUUUCUGGCUUCACUGAGAGCGUCGACCAAAGAUAGAGACAGCGAGGCAACACUCAAGCCCAGAAAGAGCGACGAUGGGCUCGAUAUAUGUGAUGUUUCGCCACGGAAGCUGUCGUUGAGGAGCUCGAGUGUAACCAGGGUCUCGGUGCUGGAAGACUCACAGUCGCCUGCUCCUGUGGUGAAAAAGCAGCGCAAGUUGACGACGCGCAAGUGGGAUCUUGGUGAUCCGGAUGAGAUUUGA